CAGGACAGUUAUUCUGAGUGACGGCCCUUGCACACGCUUCUGAGUGGUUAUCAUGGGCUUCAUUGCCUUUCUGAAGACUCAGUUCAUAGUUCACCUCCUCAUUGGGUUCGUUUUUGUUGUGAGUGGACUGAUCAUUAACUUCAUUCAACUAUGCACGCUAGUCCUCUGGCCCAUAAACAAGCAGUUUUAUCGCCGAGUAAACUGUCGCCUUGCCUAUUCACUUUGGAGCCAGUUGGUAAUGCUGCUGGAAUGGUGGUCAGGCACCGAGUGCACCUUGUUCUCAGACGAGGCCACGGUGAACACCUUUGGGAAAGAACAUGUCAUCAUCAUCUUGAAUCACAACUUUGAAAUCGACUUCUUGUGUGGCUGGACUAUGACAGAGCGCUUUGGAGUGCUAGGGAGUUCCAAAGUUCUUGCGAAGAGAGAGCUACUAUAUGUGCCCCUCAUUGGCUGGACGUGGUACUUUCUUGAGAUUGUUUUCUGCAAAAGGAAAUGGGAAGAAGACAGAGAUACAGUUAUUGAAGGAUUAAAACGUUUGGCUGAUUAUCCUGAAUAUAUGUGGUUUCUCCUAUACUGUGAAGGAACUCGUUUUACAGAGACCAAGCAUCGUAUCAGUAUGGAAGUUGCUGAAUCCAAGGGGUUGCCUAAACUGAAAUACCACCUGUUGCCCAGAACCAAAGGUUUCACCACUGCUGUUCAGUGUCUCAGGGGAACAGUUUCAGCAGUAUAUGAUGUAACACUAAAUUUCAGAGGAAACAAGAACCCGUCUUUAUUAGGAAUACUUUAUGGGAAGAAAUACGAAGCAGAUAUGUGUGUAAGGAGAUUUCCUCUGGAAGACAUCCCUCAAGAUGAAAAGGAAGCUGCAAACUGGCUUCAUAAGCUUUACCAGGAAAAGGAUGCUUUGCAAGAGAUGUAUAAUCAGGAAGGUGUGUUUCCUGGCCAGCAGUUUAAACCUCCUAGGAGACCAUGGACUCUCCUAAACUUUCUUUUUUGGGCCACAGUUCUCCUCUCUCCUCUCUUCACAUUCGGCUUUGGAGUUUUUGCAAGUGGAUCACCUCUCCUUAUCCUUGCAUUCCUGGGACUUGUUGGAGCAGCUUCCUUUGGAGUUCGUAGACUGAUAGGAGUAACUGAAAUAGAAAAAGGCUCCAGCUAUGGCAACCAAGAAUUCAAGAAAAAGGAAUAACUGACAACUGCAGCACAUAUAACCAGACUAUGGUAUCCAAUUAACUUCAGUUACAAAACAACAACAAACACUUAGAAACUA